AUGAAUCCGUGGUGUUGCAACGGACAGGCCGACGCGGGGCAGCAACCGAGAGCCGAAGCACAUCCGUCGAUCUCGGACCCCUCGUCCGCUAGCGCUUGCUGGCAGAUCAACUAUGAUUCGAACAACCCUUGGCGUGGUCUCGGCACUCCUGCCAUCUCUAUUUGUCCAACCGUCAUGCCAGCCUACGCAGCCGUCACACUCCCGAUUGUUGUUGCCAUCGGACAGCCACCCCUCUCUGUCAUGCUCGCUCCUUACACAUGGCUUCCACACGGAAAUUCCUCAUGUUCUUAUUAUCUGAACGCUCGACCGUGUCUGUCUUGCUCCUGGGGGAAUCCAGAGCUAGACUCCAGAUUACCACGGGAUUUUGGUCCGACCAUGAACAAUGAUCCAAACCUACCCUUCUACCAAGAUCACACAAGCUGGAGUGAACUAUCCAUGUGUGAUUUCGGGCCAUGGACAGAAUCUGCCCAGAAAGCUCAUGAGAAAGACCUGCCAACAAGUUCGAAUGGAAUCGAUUACGAUGCGUCUAAAGUACCUGAACACAAAGUACCUGAACGUGACAAUGAACUAAUGAAUUGGCAAUUUAAUCAGUACGUCGGAGAACAAAACGCAUGA